UUUACACAUUCAAUCAAAGUCCUCGUACUCUUUCCCCAAAUAUGUCGAAACAGGCCCUACAGCUGAUUUUCAUCCCUCACCGUCCAACGCCGACAGAAGAGGAGAUUAGUAAGGACUUAGCUCCUGCGAUAGAGGUAUUGCAAAGUGCACCGGGCUUGAGAGCACUCUGGCGAGGGAAGAAAUUCGAGGAGAGGUACACACAGGUGCUAGUGCUGGUGUGGGAUUCUUUAGCCUCGAGCCACUCGUUUUUCACAAGCCCAGCAUAUGGAAAGUUCCACAAAGUCGUGCAGCCAGCGUUGAACGGGCGCAAAGUGGAAUGGCAGCAGCACGCGCUUCUCGGGACGUCUGACCUCGAUAGCGAAGCCCGGUUGAAAAGCAUUCUCAACAGCCCGGCGAUUGAGGUGGCCUUGACCAAGGUUGUAGAGGGGGGCGUGUCGGGAUACUACGACCAGUUCAGAGCGGUGGUGACCAAAGUGCUAGAGGAAGAACCCGGCUGUGAUGGCUACUUCAUUGGGCCGCAGAUUGAGAAUCCCCAGGACCAGAUUCUGCUGAUCAACUGGAAAACUGUCGAUGCACAUCACGAAGAGUUCGAGAAGCGGCCGGGAUUCAAGGCCUGCAUCGACGCGCUGUUCGAUUACUACGCGGUGUUCGUGGUCCCGUGGCACAUCGUGGGGUUGAAGCUGGUUUGGGGGUCAAUUUGAGAAGUGGGUUGGUGAUGGAGGGGAUGGAGGAUGGACACAAUGGGUGAAUGUCUGCGGAUGUCGGAGGCGACGGCGCGGGGAUGCUUGGCGCGGCCUGAUCUAGCCUAGCACCAAAACCAACGACUGCAGCCCUCUGGACGCAUCUCCAUCUCAACCACCU